UUUCUCUUCCUGGUUGAGAAUAGAUUCGAGGAGUGAGAAAAGUUUGUGGCAAAGAAAAACUGUGGUUACCAGAGUCCUGCACACUUGUGGACAGCGGUGACCAUGAGAGUCUUCAACAGAGAGAGGAAGAAACAUCUGCACUCCUUGGGGUGUCAGGACCAUGAAUAUUUCAUCACUGUGCUGCAGCUCAUCUCCAUUGUGCUCUUGGCUGCUCUCCUCACGGCUAUCCUUGUCAAAGGCUCUGAGGUUCCUAGUUCCCAAGAGCAUGAUCAGCAAAAGCAACGCAUGCACCAGAAACUGGACCAGCUGAAGACUGGACUAGACCACCUGUGCCGCCCCUGCCCCUGGGACUGGACGUUCUUUCAAGGAAACUGUUACUUUUUCUCUACUUUCCAAAAGAAAUGGAAGGAAUCUGUCAUUGCCUGCAAGGACAUGGGGGCCCAACUAGUGGUCAUAAAAAGUUAUGAGGAGCAGAGCUUCCUCCAGAGGACUUCUAAGAUGAAAGGCAAUACCUGGAUAGGGCUGUCAGACUCACAAGAGGAAGACCAAUGGCUGUGGGUAGAUGGCUCACCACUGCAGUGGAGGAACUAUUGGUCUGCAGGGGAGCCCAACAAUUUGUACGAUGAAGACUGUGUGGAAUUUUCAAGUUAUGGAUGGAAUGAUAUCUCAUGUUCCUUUGAGAAGUUCUGGAUCUGUAAGAAGUCUGCAUCUCCUUGCCCUAGGUGAAACCUGAUCAUCUCCAUAGCCCUUGUAUGUCCAACCUAUUUAUCUUUUAAUUGAACUUUAAGUACACUCAUUUCAGUUUCUUCUGCCUUUCUGUGAGCAUUGGGAUCUCAAUAAUAGAUUGAAGUACUUUUCUACACACCUUGUCUGUGAAGGCUUGGUCCACUGUUGUUCCCCACCCUGCAUCUACAGAUUCUUUAAAAGAGAUUGUGAUUCCCCCACACACACCUAUUUUCAGCUUUCUUCCAGAAUUAAGUCUGGAUUGUUCACCACUUGUGUAGGUUUGGCUGAGAAUGUCUUUCAUAGACUUGCAUAGUUGUAUAAUUGAUACUAGUAGGUGAGGGCUGUUUGAGGAAGCUAUGAAACCUUUAGCACAAGUAAUUCUCAAUCCGAGGGUUGCAAACCCUUUGGUGCUGAUAUGCCAGAUAUUGUGCAUAUCAGAUAUUUACAUCACUAUUCUUAACAGCAGCAAAAAUACAGUUAUGAAGUAGCCAUGAAAUAAUUUUAUGGUUGGGAUGAUCACAACAUUGAGUUGUAUUAAUGGGUCACAGCACUAGGAAGGUUACAAACCAUCUCCUUACUAGGCAGAUCCUUGAAAGAGAAAACAGAUGACUGGGUGUGGGGUUUCAAGUUUUAUACUCUUGCCUCACUUGCACUUCUCAUUCUGACACCUGACCUCCUGUGUGUAGAUGAAAAUAUGACCAGCCAACUUUCUGCUUCUGCUGCCAUGCUUGUCCUAUCUCUGUUAUGUGGUGGGAGCACCACAAUGAACUCUUAUCUCUUUAAAGCCAUAAGCCAAAAUAAAUCCUUUCUACC